UGUGCGCGCGUGCGUGUGUGGCAGAGAUGUGCGUAUCCUUCUGCAAUCGAGUGAAAGUUACAGCGUCGGUCGCUCGUCAUGACGGUCAUACAUCCAUGAAAGUAUUUCAUACAGUAAAACAAGGGAGGAAACUUCACUUUAAAGUGGUUUAAAUAUGGCCCAUCGGUCCCAGUGCUCCUCAGCGGGGGACAACCCCCUGGACCCCAACUAUCUGCCCCUUCACUAUCGUGAGGAAUACCGAAUGGCUAUUGAUGCCCUGAUUGAUGCUGACUUAGAGGGAUACUAUGGAUUCCUUCAGGAAGCAGAUGUGGUUGAUUUCUUAUCCCAUCCAGAGAUUGAGUAUAUCAAAUGCAUGGUGAAGGCUCCGCAUCAACAGACAGCCCAACCAGAAAAGAGAUACAUGGCUGAAGAUGCAGAUGGCUCGUCCGACACCUACUGGCCGGUUCAUUCAGACCACGAUGCUCCAAGCCUUGACUUAGGCUGGCCACAGCAGUACAUAUUUGUUGGACCCACAGAGGUCACCACAUUGGUCAACCCAUCUGAGCCUGAGAUGCCCAGUAUCAAGGAGCAAGUCCGCAGAUUGAUCAAGAGUGCACAACAAGUUGUUGCCGUGGUGAUGGAUAUGUUUACAGAUGUUGAUAUCUUUGCCGACAUCCUUGGCGCAGCAAUGCGUGGUGUAGCUGUUUAUAUUCUUCUUGAUGAACUGAAUGCUCACCAUUUUGUUGCAAUGGUGAACAACUGUAGGGUGAAUCUGGAUGAGAUAAAAUUCAUGCGAGUAAGAACUGUGUCUGGCAGUACUUAUUUCUGCCGCACAGGUAAGUCUUUCAAAGGCCAGAUGAUGGAUCGCUUCAUACUGGUAGACUGCAGGGCUGUUUUAAGUGGCAACUAUAGCUUCAUGUGGUCAUUUGAGAAAAUACAUCGCUGCCUAGCACAUCUGUUUCUUGGACAGCUUGUGACUACUUUUGAUGAAGAGUUUCGGAUUCUGUUUGCCCACUCAGAGCCACUAGUAGUUGAAAAUGUUUUGGCAAAUAUGCCACACUACAGCAGUGAGCAAGGAAGUUACCACAACACAGAUAAGACACACAUGCUUAAGAGAGAAUAUCCAACUGUGGACAUGGAAUGGACUGAAUAUCCUGCAGAGGGCUAUAUGAAUGCUGGUCACAAAAUGCUACCCUUUAGGAGGGGUGAAUCCAUCCAAACUGCAGUAGAGGAAAAUCCUUCUGUUCAGAGGCACAAGAAUCUGUAUGCCACUCAACAAUUUCGUGGGGACCAUCAAUUAAUAGAGCAUGGAAGACAAAUAAAAGGGCCAACUGAUAUAGCUAGCUUCAAAGACGUACCUAAUUAUGAAUACAUGCCCCCUCAAAAUCAUGCCACAAUUAGAGGCAAACAGUACAAGGAGGGAGUAGUGGCCCAGGGCACCCACUUUGCAAGGGAACCAUGUUUUUACCAACAGGGAACUGGAUUACAGCCUGGUUAUGACAUGUAUGGCAGGAUUAGAGGCCAAGGCUACCAUGUAGAUCAGUUUUCAGGGUCUGGCUACCCUCAUGAGGGAGAUGAGGCUGGACCACCAGGUGAUUAUGAUCAUGUUCAACGAUACUUGCAGUCUCACUCUCCUAUGGAGGAAGGACACGGUGCCAGGAAUUUAUUGCCGCCUGUGCAAUCUAAUCUCAGGAGACAUAACAAGGGUCAGUCUUAUGCUUGUCAGACCUCCCCAACACAACCAAACCUACCAGACCAGAAACGUUUCUUCAAUGUUAACCACAAACCACAGGAUAUGAGCCAAAAGCAGGGGCUGCGAGAUUGGAGGAUCAGCUCUUACCUUAGUGCAUAUGAUGAUGCAGGAGAAGUGGAUUCGUCUGAACUUGAAGGAUCUGACUCGUGUGAUAACGUUCCUUAUUUUAUGCAGGAAGGGUCUUGUGGCCCUGUAGGUGCCAAAAUCAGACCAGGUAACAGGGAGUUUAACAGGAUAUCUUCAUCUAGGGAAAAUCCCACAUUUCUCCAGAUUCAAAACACUUCCGCUCUGCUUGACAGUUCAGUUAACCACCCAGCAGGCAUAUCACAAACAAAUAUCAAAACAACGCCUACAACAACUUCAGAGUCAUCUUGCAACACUGAGGGUGGCAAAGUAGAGGAGACACAUAACAGAGAACCUAAAGAGACCAAUCUGAUUAUUGAAGAGUUCCACAGGAAGAAACCCACUCGCACUGUCCAGAGCUCCAGACUAAGAUACUCACAAAUAUUCAAUUCAAAUUUGGAGUUGAAUACUUCGGAGAUGAAAGAUACUUUAGGAGAAAAAGAUGGAGAUGAGACUUCAAAACUUUCAGCUCGUGUGUCACAUUGGUUGGAUAAAAGAAGGUCUAGCACAAGAGAGCCUUUUCAGUGGAGCAGUUUUGCAAGGUCAGCAACCGUUGAUAACCCAGUCAUGGAGUCUGCACACUCUGAGGAAGUACUGAACAAAGUUUGUGCAAAUUCUGAUGUAAAUAAUGUUGAGAACUCCCAAAAUUCACAAAAGAAUACAAUAAAGGGCCCUCUGCAAGAGAAAGAUCUGCCUGAACAAGUACAAUCAGCAGUUUUUGAAGGAAAUAGCCAAAGCGAUGAAUGGGCAUCAAAAGUAUUUCAAAGGUCAACUUCUUUCAUAGACAUGAAUGAUCCUGACUGUAGACUGAGGUAUUUCAAAGAGUUAGCUGCCAAACGUAAAGCUGAACUUACAGCAGCCAAAGCUUCUCAAAGCGAUCUCGGUAAAUCCCCCCAAAAGUCUGAUGCACCUGAGAAACUUUUUACUAGUAACACAGUUAAAAAGGCUGGACCUGUUUUCAAGGCCCCAGCAACCUUAGUUAAGUCAUCAAAUGCCACCCUCAGAGCACCAGAGAAACAAGAAACUCUUGAUAACCCUGAAUGUGGGGAAUCUAGGGAAGACCUCUCGCAUAGAGCCACAGAUGCUGAAAAAAUUCGAUUGAAGAAAAAAAUUGCAGAAGAGUCUGGCUCAUCAACUCACAUUUUAAAUGUCUGUAUACAAAAGCAUGUAUGUGAUUUUUCUGCUGACCCCAUUGCAACAAAAAGUGUACAUUCCCAAAAAACCCUUGCAGUGGGGGCAGAUAUACAACACCCUGCUGCAACAGACACAGACUCUUCUCAGCAGGCCACUGCAGCAGACACAGACUCUUCCCAGCACCCCAAUGGAACAGACACAGACUCUUCCCAACACCCCUCUGCAACAGACACAGACUCUUUUCAGCACCCCAGUGCAAAAAACACAGACUCUUCCCAGCAGGCAACUGCAACAGACACAGACGCUCCACAACAGCCCUCUGCAACAGAAAGUGUGCAUUCCCAAAACCCCACUGCAAUGAGUGCAGACUCUUUCAAACAGCAAACCACAAUGGGCGCAUACUCUUUCCAACAGCCCAAUGUAGCAGAAAGCGAAUUUUCCCAACACCCCACUGCAACUGGGACAGACUCUUUCCAACAGCUAACUGCAAUGGAAGAACACUCUUCCCAACAGCCUACUGCUGCAGAAAGUGAAUCUUCCCAACAACUCACUACAAUGAGGACAGACCAAACUUCAAAAGGAAAUGAACUUCCCCAGCCCCCCACUGCAACUGGUCAAGACUCCUCCAAAGAUUCCCCUACAAUGGGGGCAGACUCUUCCCAACAGCCCACUGCAACGGACACAGACUCUUCCCAACACCCCAUUUUAACAGACACCAAAUAUACAGAUCAUCCAACUGCAACAGACACUGACUCUUCCCAGCACCCCAAUGCAACAAACACAGUCUCUUUAUAUCACCCCACUGCAAAAGACACAGACUCUUCCCAACACCCAACUGCAAUAGACACAGAUGCUGCCCAACAUCCCACUGCAACAGACACAGACUCUUCCCAGCUCCCCAGUGCAACCGACACAGACUCAUCCCAACACCCCACCGCAACAGACACAGACCCUUCUCAGCACCCCAAUGCAACAAACACAGACUCUUCCCAGCAGGCCAUAGCAACAGACACAGACUCUUCCCAACACCCCACUGCAACAGGGACCGACUCUUCCCAACAUCCCACUGCAACAGACACUUCCCAACAAUGCAUUGCAAAAGACACAGACUCUACCCAACACUACACUCUGAUAUGCACAGACUCUUCCCAGCACCCCAAUGCAACCAACACAGACACUUCCCAACACCCCACUGCAACAGACACAGACUCUUCCCAGCAGGCCAUUGUAACAGACACAAACUAUUCCCAACAGCCACCUAUAAUAGACACAGACUCCUCCCAACACCCUGCUGCAACAGGGACUGACUCUUCCCAACACCCCACUGCAACAGAUGCUUCCCAACAAUGCAUUGCAAAAGACACAGACUCUUCCCAACACCACAGUGCAAUAGACACAGACCCCUCCCAGUAUACCCAUGCAACUGACAGAGACUCUUCCCAACACCCCAGUGCAACAGACAUAGACCCUUCCCAGCACACCAAUGGAAGAGGUCACAUAUUGUUCCUGACAGGCUCAGUGAGCACAUCUAUACUUGAAACUAACUCAGAGAAAAUUCUCGUGACCCCAGUAGCUUGCACCAUUCAAAAUGCUGAAGUCAAAUCCCCUGAACAUGGUCCAGCAGAUGACAGUGCAUCAUGUCUUAAGAUAACCUUGCCCAUUGACACCACUUCAUCAGAAACAAGCCUGUCACAAGAACCCAGGUCACCUAACAUGAAUGAGCAAAAAGACAACAGAGUUUGUCAAGUCUUGAGCAAACAAGGACCUAUCCCAGCUGUUAACAUUACUCAAACAGACAGCAGCAUAUCUUUAAAUACAAUCAUCACAGACUUAGGUUCCUCGGCUGAACAUUCCCAAUCUGAUUCUUUGGCACCUUGUGCUUCCUUAGAGAGCAGUUCGAAUUUUAAUUCUGAUACAGCAAAACCCUGUUUACAGAGUGAUGAUAGCCAAUUGGAACUAAAUUCUUCCCCCAACCACACACAAGCUCAAGCUAAAUCACCUAUACCUCCUGUGAUAAAAGACACUAACAGUUGUGAAAAUGACCGAAAGCCUGAGAAAAACAAGGAGAUCAUUGAUGAGCAACCUCAGAGGCAUGACACUUCAGCUAGACCCGCAGGCCUUGAGGUAGCUGAGGUUUCUGCAACACCAGAGACAGAAAACUCUGUGACAGACUUUGCAGUGGUGUCCGAAAAAUCAAAAUGUGACUUGAUUGUACACAAUGAUGCAGAAAAUCAGUCUUCUGUUACAGAGAAACCAAAAUUGAUUCUACCCACCCAUCAGUCAUCUACUGCAAAUGUUCUCUCAUUCAGCAACCUUAGAGAUGACACCAAAGUUCUUUUAGAACAAAUUUCAGCAAAGAACCAAAGCAGAGCAUCCCAGUCCAAACAGACUUUUGAAACCAAAGAGGGUGAGGUUAACUCUGCAGAUAAAAAUUCAGGAAGGCCCUGGUCAUCCAAGGCUACAGCAGAAGACCGGGCGAAGUUACUACAAAAGAUGGAUGUACUGCGUAAAGAGAGAAAGGUCUACAGUCGUUUUGAGGCUACAUAAAUUGGGACUAAACCUUUGGAAGAGUGGCUCCAGUUUUGGACAAUGAAAGGAAAGCAAUUUGUACGUAUUUUCCUCCAGCCUUACCUCAUUACUGUGAACCUGCACACUUCGGUCAGAGUAUCUCACAACACGUAAUUCGAACAAAUAGCACCUCCUACCUUGACGGAGUGGAAACCAAUGCAAGACUUGACAAGACUGAAAUUAACUCUUGCACUAGCCCUGAACUCAAGAGCAGCUAUGCAGAUGGACUGUGUGACAGAAGACCAGACCACAUCCACUUCCUGCUUGAAUAAGGUUCAGAGAGGGCUGGUAUUUCCUAUUGUAUAGUGAAACGCAUAGCUGAUGACAUUGUAAUUAUCUGGAUUUCUAUAUCCAGAAAUUGUGAUCUGAUCUCCAAUUAUUUUCAGAUGACACAAACAACUAUUUACUAUGUAAAUACAGUAGAAACAAGCAACAAGUUUAUUAUGUCUGUGUAUUUGAGUUAAGUACAUCUUAAAUGAUUAAAUCCGAAAGACAAAAUAAUUUUAUGGAAAAAAGAGAUCACAGUUUAAAACUUGUCAUAUUCUAAGAUAUUUGGUACAUUAAUGUGAAAACAGGAGACACCAGUCUGACACAAUUCACUUACUGUGAAAUUAAAAUAAAAUGUGCAGUUUUGUGAGUAGAGGAUGAGAUAAUGAUAUUGAUUUAUUUAAACUGUGAAGUAUGUUUGUAAAGAGUUGUUUUUUGACAAGGGUUCACAGGCUGGACUUUGUGAACUGCAUUUGAAGAGAACCAAUAAUGUCUUAAAAAUCUGUUUAUGUUGCCGUCCCUUCCAAAAGUUGUAAGUUUGAAUUAUGUUCAAAGCAGAGUGAGGUCUUUUACACUGACAUGAAAAAGAAAAAAAAAAAAGGUAGAACAUAGGACAUGUUCCCCAAAUAUCAAUGUAAUCUCUACUGAUUAAGUAUUGAACCAAAUAUGUAUGCUAGGAAGGGAUUUGUUAUCAAGAAAAAGCAUAAUAUCUGA